AUGGCGGCGUACAGUGCUAACGUUCAAGAUGGACGUCGAACCCUAUUAAUUAAAACAAAAUGGAUGGAAGAGAAAAAUCAUUUCCAAGAGGAGGAAAUAAAAUUGCAUUUGACAAAUCGAGAAAAAAUUCAUCAUCUUUUUCAUUUAGAAGUUAAAUAUGUUGAAGAAUUAAAUGCUUCCCUUGUUCAAGAGGGUAUGAUACUUUUAGGAAUUGUUUCCGAUGUGUCUGAUAAAAUUGUCAACGUUUCACUUCCCGGUAGUUUAAGGGGAGUCAUAACCAUUCCGAACGUUUCAGAAUUUUACACAUCUUUAAUACAAAACAUGAGCUCACAAAGCGAGGUUUUAGGUUUGACUGAAAUUUUUCAACCUGGUGACAUUUUACCAGUAAAAAUCUUAUCAGUGUCAGAAGAAUCGAAAUCAUUAAUGGUUACAAGCGAUCCGAAAAUGAUAAAUUCAAAUUUGUCUUAUGAUGCCAUUGAUAAAGAUUUGAUUUUAACUGGAAAUGUCAAAAGUAAAGAAGAUCAUGGUUUCAUUAUUGAUUUUGGUAUAGAUAAAGUUCUAGGAUUUUUAAAGUUUGACAAGGUUAAAGAAGAUGGCGAAUUAAAAGUUGGUCAAAUUAUAAGAAGUUCGGUUAUAAGUUGUCUCAAAUCUCCAGGUUCUUGUUCAGUACAAUUAUCAACAUUAAAAACAGAUUUUGAAAAAGCUUACAUAAAACUUAACUCUUCAGUAUCAUUGUCCUUUCUAGUACCUGGAUUUCAAUUUCAAGUUGUCGUUACAAAGGUAUUGCUUAAUGGCGUAGAAGUCAAAUAUGGUAAUGACGUCAAUAAAAAGGGAUUCAUUUACGAAGAUAAUUUGCCUAUGAAAUUUCCAAAUUUAGAGAAAGUUAACGUGGGAACAGAAUAUAUUGCCACGUUGCUAUAUGUAAAACCUUUGGUUAACGUUCUUUAUUUUAAAGUAUUACCUAAAAAAAAAAUAGAAUGGCCUUUUAAAUUUGGAGAUAUUGUCAGCGGAAAGGUCGUAAAAGCCAGAAGGAGCGGUUUGGUGGUUAAAAUCGUCAAGGGAAUUAAUGUCGCGAGAUGUUUUAUUCCCAUUUCUAAAUUGAAAAAUAAUAAAAAAAUAUUGGAAAAUGAUAAAAGUAUUGAAACUCUUUACCCCGUCAACAAAAAAAUCCCUCAAAUACGAUUAGGAAGUCGAAAUUACAUGAAAAGGCAAUAUCUAGGAGCAACGGAUAAGGCUUCACUACAAGAAAAAUAUUUUUCGGUAACGGAUUUAAAAUGUGGCGAAAUAAUUUCGGCAAAAAUCCUUUCCUUUUCGAAAUAUUCCGUUAAGUUAAAAAUAGGACAAUCAAUAUUGGGAACUGUUGCUUUCAACGAUUUGACUGACGUUCCUUUGAAAAAUCCAAGUUUGAGAUUUAAAGUCGGACAACAAGUAACGGAGAUAAAUCCCGAGAGCAAAUUCGUACGUUUGACGAUGAAACCUUCUCUUAUAAAAGAAAAAAAUAUAUUAAUGGAUUUAAAUUUCGAAAAAAAUCAUUUUUACCUGGGAGUGAUCAGUAGGGUUUUACACGGUAAACUCAUAGUGAAAUUUUUCAAUGGCGUAAUAGGUAUCCUACCGAAAAGGUUUACCAAUCACCUAGAUGGAGGAUCUCUUAAAACGUAUUUCGCAGAAGGACAUCUCAUAAAAUGUUGCCCGAUAAAUGUAACGAGUGAAAAUAAAUUAUUAUUAUCGUUAUUGUCGUCGACCGAAGGAAGUGAUCUUUUAAAAGUGGGCAAAAAAUAUAACGUAACCGUUGUGAACAAAACGGAAAAUGGUUUUCUUUUAGACGUUCAAGUCAACAAGAAAAAAACCUGUCAAGGUUAUUUACCCAAACAACUGUUGAGCGUUCAUCAAAAUUUAACGACUCCUUUGCUAUCGACUUAUUUUCCCAACGAAAAAUUUUCCGCUUAUUGCGUUUUCGCAUCGGAAACAAAUGGUUUGCCAAUAAUGGGAACACUAGAAAUUUUUCAAAGUCUUUACGAGGGCAAAACGGAAGAAGAUUUUAAAUCUUUACUCGCGGUAAAUUCCGUCCUACCGUUUUUAUACAAGAACCAGAGCCUGAAAACAAAUAGGAAAUUUUUACACAAUUUGAUACCGGGAGAAAUGAAUUUUUUCGUCAGAGUCACUUGUGAGGAUUUUCCGAAAGAAUUCAAAUUAAAUAAAUAUCAAUUAUUGUACGGUAAAAUUAUGAAAAUCGUCGAUCAUAAAAUGGACGUUUCCAUCAGAGUGUCCGACGUGUGGAAUAAAGAUUUCGACAGCAGCUUGGAAUUUUUGGAUUCGUAUUUGUUUACAAUGAAAACAUUAGUAGAACGUCAGAAAAAGCAUUUGAACGCUUACAGUGAAAACGCAGAAUUUGGUCGAUUCGUUACCGGAAAAAUUGAAGAAAUACGUACGAAACAUGCGAUCGUUAAAACGGAAGACGGUGAUUUGGGUUUGGUUGAGGGGAAAUUUGAAAAAAAUGAUCAAGUCAAAGGUCACAUUUGUUGGAUCGAUGGUCCAGAGCAAAUGAUUUACAUUCACGCUCUCAAAUCAGUAAAAAAAAAUGUCAAAGAAGUUUACGAACCGAAUUGGGAUAAAUUACAUGCGAAAAUCGUACAUUGUAACGAAAACGUGAUUGUGGCUAAGCUCAAGGGAAAAGGAAUUGGAAAAUUUGCUUAUUUGCCUCAGAAAAGACACGUAAACGAUUUGAUGUUGAAAGAAUGUUCAUUUUCUGUGGGAGAAGAAGUCGUCGUGUGGGUGACCACGAAAAAUUCAAAAUUUUUACUGGCUUUGGAUGCUCGAAUCGUUGCGAGAAAAGAAAAAUUAUUUUUGAAAAACUCAUCGCAAAAAUUAAAAGAAUCCAUUUUAUCGUUGAAAAGAAAAUUGGAAAUCGAAAAAAUUGAGCGGAACGAAAAGAAAAAAAAAACGUCGGAUUCGGACGAUUUGGAAAUCAUCGAGUCGAAGAUUAAAAGUAAAACUGACGCCCCUCAUCAAAAUGGUUUUCCCAAUGGACACGUUGGGGAUGAUGAUUAUGUCCCGGAAAUAAAACAAGAGGUUGACGCCGAAUCGGAUGUUUUUGUUUCUACGCUAAACGAUUCCGUUCCCCAUUUGGAAUACGACGACAUUGAUAUCAAAUCCGAAGUUGAUGACGAAAUAAAAAAAGUCGAGCCAUCGAGAAACAAAACGGAAAUGAACAAUUCUAACGCUUUCAACGUCGGAUUUAAAUGGGAAGUUCUGAAAGACAAAGCUCUACUAUCCGGAAUUGUUUUAAAUAAGAAAGAAGAAGACUCAUCUUCUGACGAAGAGGAGGACGAAAGUAAAAACAAUAAGAAAAAACGAAAACGUUUGACUCAAAGUGAAAAAUUGGAAAAAUCUAAAACGGAAGAACAACGUUUGCGAUAUAUCGAAGAAAAACUCAUGGAUCCGGAUCGCGAACCGGAAACGAUCGACGAUUUCGAUCGUUCCGUAUUGGCGAAUCCGGAUUCGUCUGCUACCUGGUUGAAAUACAUGGCCUUUCACAUUCAGAACACGGAAAUAGAAGCGGCGAGAACGGUUGCGAGAAGAGCUUUAAAAGCCAUUUCGUUUCGAAAGGAACAGGAAAAAUUAAAUAUAUGGAUCGCGCUUUUAAAUUUGGAAAAUCUUUACGGAUGUGAACAAUCUCUGAAUAAGAUUUUAACCGAGGCUUUACAGUACAAUGACCCUUACAAGAUUCAUCUUCACAUGUUAAAUCUUUACGGACAAACGAAUAAUUAUCAAGAAAUGGAAAAGUUGGGUAAUUUCAUGUUGAAGAAAUACAAAGACGUGGAAAAUUUGUGGUACGACGUCGGUUUGGCAUAUUUCACGGUUGGAAAAAUAGAAUCGGCAAGAUUUGUUUUGCAAAGAGCUUUGACGAUAUUAAAUAAAAAACAACAUAUUUUACUUCUCUCGAAAUUUGCUCAUUUAGAAAAUAAAUACGGAAGUCCCGAAAGAGCUCAAACGUUAUACGAAUCGAUAUUGGGAUCGUUUCCUAAGAGGGUAGACAUUUGGAGUUGCUACGUCGACAUACAAGUUUUAGAAAGAGCAACGUCACAAAGCUUACGUCCGAGAAAAAUGAAAACGUUAUUUAAAAAAUUUUUAACGUUCGAAGAAAAUCACGGAACUCCGGAAAAUGUGGAAAAAGUACGAGAAGCGGCAGUCGAAUACGUGGAAACGGUCGGAGAAAUGAAUGGCGGAUUAUAA